AUUUUAUGCCAAUGCCACACACAUUUUCACACAUAAAGUCAUGAUGAAAUCCAGAUUGCAACGUAAAAUGCCAUUCUUACACACGUAAGUAGUGUUGUUCUGUAAUUAACUAGCAUCAUGUUACCACAAAUGGGAGAUGGAUUUCAUCAACAUCACAUUAACAUUGAAUACAAUACAUACACUGUGCACCUGAGCAUGGAAAUGUUGACCGGUACAAGCCCGUAUGUUUCACAUGAUCAGAGAACCCCCGUAGUAUUACUGCAAAGCGAGCCACCAUUCUUAGUUUCGCAUCAAGUCGCAUUGCUGUGCCCAUGGAGUUUUCCGUGACAACCAUAUACUGUUUACUGGUCAUAGGAUUACCAGCCAGUCUAUGCAUCGACCCCGCACAACCCAAGUGUCUAGGCCGAUGCGAGGACCAGUUCUCAAGAGCAUUUGCGGAUCCAGUUUCCAUUUGCAGUGCCUAUGCAACAUACUUAUCCUGCGUCACCAAUGCUACCGCGCAGUGUCCCAACGCGGACACCGGUGCUGUUAAAACCAGGCUACAGGAAAGUAGACGUACUUGCCAACAACAAAAAUGUCAACCAGAAUUGUGUGGAAAUAACAGUGUGAGAAAGGUCGCCGAUAAAGACUAUGUUGAUGCUGACACGGAUGAACGAGCGAAUCUCAAGAGUAGAGAGGUUCAUCCAUCGGAAGCGAACAAGACAAGUAUGGUGGGAACUCUCGCAGGUGCGCUACGGGUGGGGCGUUCACGUUCACCAGGAAAGGCAAGGAAAUCUCCAGGAUGGGCAGGGAUGCCUCUGGGUGUGGGAGGGCGAUCUAAAGAUUCGGCAGGGAAAUCUCUAGGAAAAGCAGGGGGAUCAAUAGGAACGGCAGGGACAUCCCCAGGAAAGGCGGGGAGAUCCCCAGGAACGGCGGGGAGAUCCCCAGGAACGGCAGGGAGAUCUCCAGGAACGGCGGGGAGAUCUCCAGGAACGACGGGGAGAUCUCCAGGAACGGCGGGGAGAUCUCAAGGAACGGCAGGGAGAUCCCCAGGAACGGCAGGGAGAUCCCCAGGAACGGCGGGGAGAUCUCCAGGAACGACGGGGAGAUCUCCAGGAACGGCGGGGAGAUCUCCAGGAACGGCAGGGAGAUCCCCAGGAACGGCAGGGAGAUCCCCAGGAACGGCGGGGAGAUCCCCAGGAACGGCGAUGAGAUCCUCAGCAACGGCAGGGAUGUCUCCAGAUUCGGCAGGGAAAUCUGGAAAAACAGGGAGAUCUCAGGGAUCGGUAUGGGGAUCUCCAAGAACGGCGAUGAGAUCCUCAGCAACGGCAGGGAUGUCUCCAGAUUCGGCAGGGAAAUCUGGAAAAACAGGGAGAUCUCAGGGAUCGGUAGGGGGAUCUCCAGGAACGGCAAGGAGAUCUCCAGGAACGGCAGGAAGACCUAGAGGAUCGGCAGGGACAGCUUAUGUGCCUGGUGACGACGAAGUAGAGACUACACGAAAUAUAAAUGCUGUCGAUCAGAAUGGAAAUGGUGCAGGAACUAGAAGGCGCAAUGAGGACAUAAUGAUAGAGGAUCGAAACACUGCAGAGAGAAAUAAUGACGCUGUGCAAGGCAGGGAUUCUGGAGCGGGCACACGGCGGCAAGGAUCUGGUAGGGGUGUCUCCGGGUAUGAAGGAAGGGGUAACGAUGUUGAUUUUGGAGCGGGUACUUUGUGGAAAGAAACGGGUAGGGAUGGCUCCGGGUCUGAAGGAAGGGGUAAAGAUGUGGAUUUUGGAGCGGGUACUUUGCGGAAAGAAACGGGUAGGGGUGGCUCCGGGUCUGAAGGAAGGGGUAAAGAUGUGGAUUUUGGAGCGGGUACUUUGCGGAAAGAAACGGGUAGGGGUGGCUCCGGGUCUGAAGGAAGAGGUAACGAUGUUGAUUUUGGAGCGGGUACUUUGCGUCCAGGAACGGCUGGGGGUGGCUCCGGGACUCAAGUCAAGGGAAAGGAUGACGAUGCUCACACAUCGGUUAAUGGAAGAGAGGGUCUAACAUCUCAAGAAACUAACGUUGGGCCACCGCAAGUUGAGAAAAGCAAGAUCAAGGAGAAUGGCGAGGAUGAUACAGCAGACGAUGAAUAUGGGUACGGAGAAUUUGAGGAAGAUGCUGGCUUGAAAACUGAUGUAGAUUAUGCAGAGGAUGAAAACUCUACUAAGAAAGAUGAUGACAAACGGCAGGCAGACCCGGAAGCCAUUGCCUAUGAGGACGGCCUGUCCAAUGGAUCCACGGUCGCUGAUCUCGGAGACACAUCGGAAGCGGUAACUCAAGCGAACGAAACUGGGAAUUCUACUUUCCGUCCCAGUGGGAACAACUCGGCGGAGGGCUUCAAACAGAAUAUGUUAUGGAUUCUCUGUAGUUUGACCUUAUGCCUUGUUAUUUCUGAGCUGAUGCCCGUUCGGCAUCUGAAUACGAGUCUGUAAAAGAAUAAUCUGAAACGCUGUCUGUGGGUUGAUGGGAGUUUAAUGCAUGUGAUAUGAAGCACACGAUUGUGCAGAUCAUUGCAGUUUAUAUGAAAGCAUUAUAUUUUUUCUUGGUAUACGGAUCCGUUGACCUUAAAAAUGAAAAUUCAGAAAAAUAAAUAAAAUCAGAAUGACAUUUUUUUUAUACCGCUUACGGUAAAGAUCGCUUUUACCAUAAAAAGAAUAAACUUGUAUAUGACUUAAACAAAUACAGUCCUUACGAUUAAUCGUCAUUUUUUGUUGUUGAUAUCAUCUUAUCGCUCUAAAUGAAAUACACAUGUAUUAAGAUGAUUACAAAAUUCCUUAACAAUGUAUUUUAAAAGCAAACACUCAACAUCCGACCAUAACUUUCCCUAUAAAAAUCCGUAAACUAAACAAGAAUGUCUGGCCUAACUGGAUAAUUUUUUUUGAAUUAAACUUACGAGAGAUGCUUGUGGGAGUUGCCUGUUGCAUCAUGGGCACAUAUACUGAGUUGGAAAAGAAACUAUACAUCUCAGUUGAUUUUAUCAUAUGUUUGAUUUUCAAGUUUGAAAAUAUCUUAAGUCAGCAAUUGUAUAUAAAAAACGAACUGUUCCGGCGCUAAGUUAGCACUCAAAGAAUA